GCCGGCUCGCAGAGGCCCACGUCGACGGGCGGCAAGGACCGUCACGACGUCUACAUCGCAGGCUUCUUCCCCUUCGCCCGCUCCGUGCCCGAGUCGCGCGUGGGGCGCGGCGUCAUGCCCUCCGUCAAGCUGGCCGUGGACCACAUCAACGAGAACCAGGCCGUCCUGCGCAACUACCGGCUGCACAUGUGGUGGAACGACACACAGUGCAACGCGGCCGUCGGGGUGAAGGCGUUCUUCGACAUGAUGCACAAGGGGCCGCCCAAGGUGAUGCUGUUCGGGGCGGCCUGCACCCACGUCACGGACCCCAUCGCCAAGGCCUCCAAGCACUGGCGCCUCACGCAGCUGUCGUACGCGGACACCCACCCCAUGUUCACGUCGGAGAGCUUCCCCAACUUCUUCCGCGUGGUGCCGAGUGAGAACGCCUUCAACCUGCCCCGCCUCAAGCUGCUGCAGCAAUUCAACUGGACACGCGUCGGCACCAUCUACCAGAACGAGCCCCGCUACUCCCUGGCUCACAACCGGCUGGUGGCGGACCUGGACACCCUGGGCUUCCAAGUGGCUGAGGCACAGAGCUUCGCCACCGACGUGUCGGACGCCAUCGAGAAGCUCAAGGCGAAGGACAUCCGCAUCGUGCUGGGGAACUUCAACGAGACGUGGGCCCGGAGGAUAUUCUGCCAAGCACACAAGGUCGGCAUGGUGGGCCGCAAGUUCCAAUGGCUCAUCAUGGGGACGUACACGGAGCACUGGUGGACGGAGCCGGACGACAAACUGGACUGCAGCCAGGAGGACAUCAGCGCCGCCCUGGAGGGCUGCAUCCUCACCGACCUGCUGCCCCUGUCCACCUCGGGGGAGAUCACCGUCUCGGGCAUCACGGCGGACGAGUACAUGGCGGAGUACAACCUGCGGCGCGACAAGGAGUACUCGCGCUUCCACGGCUACACCUACGACGGCGUGUGGGCCGUGGCGCUGGCCAUCCAGCACGCCGCGCACCGCAUCCGCCACUACCGCAAGAACGACACCAUGUCCAACUUCAAGUACCGCGACGCCAUGUGGGAGAAGGUGUUCCUGGAGGCGCUCAAGAACACCAGCUUCGAGGGGGUCACGGGCCCCGUCCGGUUUUACGACAACGAGAGGAAAGCCAACAUCCUGCUGAAGCAGUUUCAAGGCGGCGAGGAGAUCAAGGUGGGCGAGUUCAACGGCGUGACGGAGCAGCUGGACAUGGCGCGCGGCCACCCGGUGCUGUGGCAGGGCGGCCGGGGCAUGCCGCCCAAGGACCGCACGCUGCACCAGAUCCAGCACUCGCAGAUCAACCUCACGGUGUACGUGCUGCUGGCCUCGUGCGCCUCCAUCGGCAUGCUGCUGGGUUCCUUCUUCCUCAUCGUCAACAUCCGCUACCGCAACCAGAGGUACAUCAAGAUGUCAUCGCCGCACCUCAACAACCUCAUCAUCGUGGGCUGCCUGCUCACGUACUCGUCAGUCAUCUUCCUGGGGCUGGACUCGCAGCUCACGUCCAUCGAGACGUUCCCCUACAUCUGCACGGCGCGCGCCUGGCUGCUCAUGGCCGGCUUCUCGCUGGCCUUCGGCGCCAUGUUCUCCAAGACGUGGCGAGUGCACUCCAUCUUCACGGACGUCAAGCUCAACAAGAAGGUGAUUAAAGACUACCAACUGUUCAUGGUUGUCGGGGUGCUGCUCUUCAUCGACCUGGGCAUCAUGACCACCUGGCAGAUCGCCUACCCGUUCUACCGGGAGACCAAGCAGAUGGAGCCCUAUACGCACCCAUCCAGCGAGGACAUCAAGAUCAUUCAGGAGAACGAGUACUGCAUGAGCGAGCGGAUGACUGUGUUCGUGGGAUCAAUUUACGCGUACAAGGGCCUGCUCAUGAUCUUCGGCGCCUUCCUGGCCUGGGAGACGCGCCACGUCAGCAUCCCCGCGCUCAACGACUCCAAGUACGUCGGCAUGUCGGUGUACAACGUGGUCAUCAUGUGCGUCAUGGGCGCCGCCAUCUCCUUCGUGCUGUCGGACAAGCAGGAGGCGUCCUUCAUCAUCAUCUCCUCCUUCAUCCUGUUCUGCACCACGGGCACGCUGUGCCUCGUGUUCGUGCCCAAGCUCGUGGAACUGCGGCGCAACCCGCAGGGCUCCAUCGACAAGCGCAUGAUCCGCGCCACGCUGCGGCCCAUGUCCAAGAGGAGGGACUCGACGACCAGCGAGAUGGAGGAGCGCAUCCGGGAGGCCAAGGCGCUCAACGCCAAGAACAGGAAGCUGCUCCUGGACAGGGAGAGCGAGUACCAGGUGUUGCUGCGGCGGGUGGGCGGCAUGGACGGCCAGACCGCGCUGGAGGGGGAGCCCAUGGACAGGCUGGCCGUGCCAAAGACGGAGACGCUCAUCCGGAGAGAAGGAGUGCUGGGGGCGCCGUCCGCCACGGAGACGACCGACAUCAGCUCCAUCAACUCGGCCGAGACGGAGUACGUCAGCCUCGGAGCAGAGACGCCCGGCCAGAGCCGAAAGAGAUCGUUGGUCGCUGCGGCCAAGAUCGCGGAGGAGGGCCGGCGGGGGUCCGUGGCCGCCGUCCAGGAGCUCAGCCAGAGCAGGCGGGCGUCCCAGCAGGAAGCUGGGCUCUACGUGCGCGAGGCGAGCCGCGACUCGGAGCCGCAGGAGGACGACGAUGACGGCGCGGGCAGGUACCCGCCGUCCUCGCCGGCGUCCUCGGCGGCCGUCAGCGGCGGCGGCGCCCAGCUGUCCAAGGUCGUGUCCUUCAGCGACGUGACGGACACGCCGUACGAGGACGCGGACUACGGCGACGAGGAGGACGAGGACGACGAGGACACGACGCCGCGGCACCGCGCGCACCACCACCGCGGCCACCGGCACUCGGCGGCGGCGGGGUCGUCGCCGGGCAGCGCGGGCAGUGCCGCUGUGCGGCGCCGCAGCUCGGUCAAGAGCUCGAGUGAGAGUGGCAGUGGCGGGCCGUGCGCCAAGCGCAGGACUAGCGUGCCGGCCGCCAUGAUGCGCACCGUGCCCGGCGUGCCCGGCGAGUCGCACACCCUGGGCCGCCGCAGCCCCAGGAACCCCCAGUUCGUGCACCAGGACGAGCUGUGGCUGUCGCAGCGGCCGGCCAGGGGCGCCUCUCCGAGCGGCGGCGCCACGCCCCCGCAGGGGCAGGGGCAAAUGCCUGCCGCGGCCCCCGGGCCCCACGCCAGGGGCGGGUCCCCGCACGCCUCCAGCCCCUACUUGCUCAACGGGGGCGACGAGGAGGACCGCGAGGUGGACCGGCGGCCGUCCCUCAACUACCUCAGCAACAACUCCUCCACGCCCAGCGUGCCCGCCGCGGUGCUGGCGGAGCGCGACCGGGGAUACGACUACGGGUCGGAGAGGGGCUCGGACCGGGGCUCGGAGCGCGGCUCGACGGCCGGCCUCAUCCAACGGGCGGCGUCGGAGCGCGGCCGCGACAAGUGCUGCCACCACGGCAGUGGCGGCUCGUCCGGGCCGCACCACCAUCACUACCCGUCCUCGCAGCCCAACCACCAUCACCACCAUCAUCACCACGGCCACCACCAUCACCACCACUCCCGGGGCCGCUCCUCGACGGGCGGCUCGGCGGAGGACACGACGGUGAGCACGGCCGUGGAGCGGCAGGCGUGCGUGCGGCACGCGUACCGGCCCGCCUUGCAGCAGCAGUCCUCCCUCGCACACGUGCAGAGCACGCCCGACGUGGCUCGGCCCUACGGCCACCACCACCACCACCAUCACCACCACCGCGACCACCAUCGCGACCACCGCGAUGCCGUGGGCGGCGGCAUGAACUCGGCUGUGUCGGAGGGUGAACUCCUGGACCUGGCCAUCCUGCCCAUUUUCCAGAAGCUGCUUACCGAGAGGCACAAGUCGCGGUCGGGCUACGGCGCCUCCAUCGCCAGCUGUCCCAACAUCUCCAUCAAGUGCGACAUCGUCGAGUACUUGUGACGAGCAGUGCGCCACGCUCCGCCUUGCACCGCCUUGGACCCCCUUGGACCCACGGCACCAGUGCGCCGUUGUACUCUAUGUCAAUUUGUGUUGUUGUUUUUUUUUCGGGGUUUUAUCUAAAUAAUUCUCUCUGAGUGGGAUUGUGGUGAGUAGGUGGUGUGGUUGUGUGUAUGUGUGCGUGUGUGUCUGUGUCUGUCUGUCUACCUGUGUCUGUCUGUCUGCUUGUCUGUUGGCUGUUGGUGUGGUGUGAACUAAAGGGAAACCCCACGAGAACUCGUCACUCCAUGACCGCCCUCACCCUUCCCAUGCUCUCUGACUACUUUCUGUCUGUCUCUAAUUGUUAUUAUUGUUAUUUGUUGUUGUUUAUUGUUGUAAUGAACAUGGUCUUGGUAAAACUGCGUCUUGUGUCAAGUGUUUGACAACACUGUCACAUUAAUUGUUAGGUCCUCAGUUCCCUUCUAUUUUUAAUUUUUGUUGACUCUUUGUAUGCGAUUGCUACUGAUUUUAAUCUUUUCUAGCCCCAGGAAAGAAAGUAAAAGUUUACUCUGAUACAGUUGAAAUGUUCCUUUUAAGUCUGAUAAACCCUCCGAACUGUGCGACAAAGUUUCGCUAUGCUAAAAGUGUCCCCUUGUUUCACAGAGAACAGAAAGACUUGCUUGGACCGAUAAACUUACUACGACUCUAUUCAAAAUCUGUUAAUAUUGACUCACUACAUCAUUGUUUGGAAUUGGGUGCAAUGUUUGAGAGAAAGCAAUGUGCAAUUUAAUAUUCCAUUCAGCUACUAUUUCAAAGCUUGAUUUUUCCUUUCGGACAGUAUUUGGCUUUGCCUUUGGAAUAUUGAACAACUGGUGCCCAAAUUCAUCUCUCAAUGUAGUGCCUCAUUCGAAAAUAUCACAUCAUUAUGAAAAUAAAGUUUAUUUCCGUUAGAAAAUUCUUUUUAAAUUUGUUUUACAGUUGCAGGUUUGAUAUUAAAAACCUGUUACGAAGCAUAAUCAAAGUCCCUUGAGAAGCACAACGCAUAUGCUUCUUCUGUGCCAACAGUAUAAAAUUUGCCAGCCAUCUAAUUAUUUCUUAAUGAAAAGAAAAUAAAUAUUCAAAACAGUUCCCAAACAUCCUAGUAAGCUACUUCAAGGAAAAGCAUGAUUGUAGUUAUGUCUAGAAUUUUUGGAAACAAAUUGUUUGUUAUUAAAGGAUGUAUUCAGGUCUUGCAUCAGAAAUGGAAUAUAGGGAUAUAAAAAUUUAUUGUGUUCUCAACAAUGUGGGCUAGAAGUUAGUCCAAAUUGGAAUGGCUGUUAACUUAGUUGCUGGAACCAAAAUUUGUAGUACUAAACAGUCAUUUACUUUGUCAUAGAUCCCAGAGAGAGCACACUUUUAGAAUGAGUGUACCAGUUGGUAGCCAGCAGUUACCGCCCUCUAUGCCUCAAUGGUUAAAAAUAAAUAGUGUUCUUUUUCAGAGGAUCGUGAGAGCUUCAGUACAAUUCUUUAAGAGAGCACCAUUGGAAAACAGCACUUAUUUUUCUCUGUGCUUUCUUUGAAGGGAAUGGACAUUGGGGACAAGUUGUGUUGAUUCUUAAAUUUUAGGCAUAGGUUUCAAGACUGUUAAAGGGGGGUGGGUUAGCAACAAAAAUCCUGGCACUUGCAAUAAUGCAAUUUGAAAAAUAAAAUAAAAACGAGUCAAACCUUUUGUGUUCCUCUAUACUGUAUUUUGCUUUUCUCCGUCAAACUUCAAGUUCCAGUUUUCAAAUGGGUACCUCCAUUCACUAGUUUGUCUACGUGGAGCAGAGGGAGACUAGUCUGGGAUGGAAGUAUUGAAACGCAUAAAAGGACUUUUGCAAUAGAAAGACACACAGGGAAGUUAAUUAACUACCGUUGAAUUCACAUUGGGAGCUGAGUCUUUUCCUGUUGUCUUUUUUUUGCGGACCUAUUGAUAAAGAUGUUCCCGGUAACGUGAUGGUGCAAGCAUAAAUUUAAGUCAGAUGCUUUGAGGGACUCCGAGAAGAAAUGUUGCAUAGCUGGUUGUUUGUCUUCAUUUCUUGUAAUCCAUCAAUUUUCUGUAAUUGUCUUGCUCAUUUUGUUACUGCAUGUCUCCAGUAAUGUACUGUGUCUAAAUAAAUUGUUUUAUACUUAGCCUUCUCUACUAAGAUGAUGAUGGAUCUAACUGCUCAGUAAAUGAAUCAAUUGUGAGGCCUGUUUCUCAAUGUGAGAGAUGUUUUAUUACUCUUAGUAAUGUUAGACUGUACAUACAUGGAUGAAAGUUGUUGUUACAGAUAGUUGUUUAUGGAUAGUUGGACGAAUCGGAAUCAGGAGUGAGAUGGGUUGUACACUGUUGUCAUCUGUAUGCCCUUCCAUGAUAAUACAAUAUGAGAGUGAAUUGUUCAA